GAAGCUGUGUUCAACAGUGCCUGUCACUCUGAUUAACUUCGUCUGAUUUGCUGCGCUGGAAAAUCGAAGUCAGGCUUUUACGCGCUCGAAUUUUGGAUCCGGAAGACGGUGUCUGUCCGCACGAACCACGGGAGCUGCCAGGGAACUUUGCAAACAUGGCGGCUGCCGUAGUUGUCGCGGCCCAGAGAGUCUGCAAUGCCGGUAUCCUCAGGACCGCGUGCAGAGGUUAUACUUUGAUUCCAAAGCAUGGAAUCAGUUGCCAGUAUGCUGCCCUGGCAUGGACUUUACAGACACAUUGUAACAUUUCUGCAUCAUAUAAUGUGACAGUACAACAGAGAAGGCAGAGAAGCUUUUUCAACAAAUUGACAGCCAGCGAACUCUGGAAAGGAGUUGCAGCAGAAAAUACUGCAGGUGGAAGGAAAGGACGAGGCAAGCGAGGCAAGCGGAAAAAAACGAGGGAUCUCAAUAGAGGCCAGGUCCUUGGCGAAGGAUCUUUAGGUUUCCUUUGGCCUGGCCUCAAUGCUCCAUUGAUGGUAUCUGGAAAAGUUCAAGCCAUUACUCAGCGAGAUGAAGAAGAGCAGAAGACACUGCAAUUAGCAAAAGCCGAGGAACUACAAAAAAUAGACAAGAAAAGGAGAAUGAGGAUUAAGAAGGAGAGAGGUUGGACUGGACGAUCCUGGGGAGGUGUCAGUUUAGGAUCUCCUGAUCCUGGUCCCAAUGGAGAAACAUAUGAAGAUUUUGAUAGCAGAGUAAUUGAGCUAAAACCUGUAUUUAACAUGACUGCAAAUGAAGGCCGAAAAAGAUCUAUGCGUGCCCUUGUGGUUGUUGGAAAUGGAAGAGGAUCUGCUGGUUUUGCUCUGGGAAAAGCAUCCCACAUGAGGAACGCAUUAAGAAAAGCAAAAAAUAAAGCUAUUCGCCAUUUACAGUAUGUUGAAAGAUAUCAAGAUCAUACAAUUUUCCAUGAUACUGCAACCACUUUUAAGAAAACGACAAUUCGGAUGAAGAAGCAAAACAAAGGUUAUGGUCUUCGCUGUCACCGCGCUAUCAUCACAAUCUGCAAAUUGAUUGGAAUUAAAGACAUGUAUGCCAGGAUUUAUGGAUCCAAUAAUUUACUGAAUCUCACUACAUGUCUCUUUAAGGGAUUAGCUAAUCAGGAAACUCACCAAAGCCUAGCAGACAAGAAGAGACUCUACGUGGUAGAAUUCCGUGAAGAAUGUGGCCCAUUGCCCAUUGUUGUUGCAAAGCCUAAUGGAAUGGUCAGAGAAGAUCCUGAACCAGAGGAAAGGGCUCUUGAUGUCAGACUGGAAUGGAAAGAAGUGAAGGCAGCACAAGGAAUAAAGAGUAAAUGGGCUGAUGUCAAAAGACCAGUUUGGUAGAUUUUGGCAGUAUUUAGAUAUACAAAACUAAGGAAGAUCCAGCAUAAUCACAGAAGGCAAUAUUUAUUGUUUCCACAUUAAGGGAAAAUUCUUACUGCUUGCCUUGAUUAUUGCAAUCGUUGUAAUUUAGUCAUUCAAAACAACUUAGCCAACUUCAGCUGACAUCUCUGUUUAGAAUGCAAUCAUUUUGUGGCAUGCAGGCUGUAAAGGAAAAGGAAUUUACAAAAUUUCUUGACAGGGAGAUGAGUCUUCACAAAUAGCUGAAGAAGCUAACAACAGUACAGAAAAAUAAAGUUGUAAUUGAAUUCCA